CAAAGAGUUACUUCUUCUUCAGAAUUAAACCCAAUAACGUCACAUCAUUCAGAAUCACCGACGAAAGAAUGCCCAGCCGACAAAAUCCACGUUUGGUCCCUCUCUUUCUCUCUGUCUCUCUCUCUCUCUCUUUGCUACCUUUCUAUCUAUCUUCAUCUUCUCCUUCUCCUUCUCCUUCUCCUUCUCUGAGUGAGUGAGUGAGUGUUAUUGGUACUAUAAUGGCGUUCAUUCCAUCCAUGAUCUCCAAUGGCUUCCGCUAUGCAUUGUUUCUUUUUCUCCUUCAUCUUGGUUGCUUCUUCUUCCCCUCCUCUUCCACCAUGAAUGAUCCAAAAAACCAGCUUUCUCCUUGCAAACGGAGAAAGAUCUCUCCAGUUAUCUCUUCUUCUUCUCCUCCAACUUCAUCAUCAUCAUCAUCAUGCACAGGUGCGAAGGCUCACAAGUCUCUAUCAGUCAAAUCAUACAUCUUUCAUCUCCUUUCUUUUCGGAAACCAAGCAUCAUCAUCAAUGGCGAUGACCAAGCGUCAACCUCCAUCCCCACUCCCACUUCUCCAACUCCACCUCUCGCACUCUCUCCCUCCAAAUCGCCAUCUUUGUUCGUCGAGAUUAGAGCAACAACACACGUAAAGCGCCCAUCUUUCACGUCCCGGGCCGACGUACACCCGUGCCUCGCCUGCGGUGAAGUCAUGCCGGAACCACGACUGCUCGACCUCCACCACGCCACCAAACACUCCCUGACCCUUCUCUCCACCGGCGACUCCGGCAAGAACAUCAUCGAGAUGAUAUUCCAAUCAGGUUGGCCAAAAGGGAGAUCUCUCACCAUACAAAGAAUACUAAAGAUCCAUAACACGGCGAAGACGUUAGCACGGUUCGAGGAGUACCGUGAGAUGGUGAGGUCCAGGGCGGCACGGCGGCCGGGCGGAGGAGAUGAGCGGUGCAUGGCUGAUGGGAACGAGAGGUUGAGGUUUUACUGCACGACGGCAUUGUGCUCGAUGGGGACGGUGGGGGUGUGCGGGAGCCAGUACUGCAGCGCUUGUGGGAUCGUCAGGUGUGGAUUUUCAGGGAAGCACGCCGACUUGGAAGGGAUUCCUACGAGGUCGACGAGUUGGGGAGCUCACACGGCGUUGCCGGAGGAGUUAGAGGAGGAGUUUGGGUUUUUGAGAGUGAAGAGGGUGAUGGUGGUUUGUAGGGUGGUGGCGGGGAGGGUGGCGCGUGGCGGCGCCGGCGAGGAGGAGGAGAAGGGAAAGGGAGGGUAUGAUUCAGUGGUGGUUGUGGGACCGGGGAAAGAGAGUGGGGCCCGUUCUACAAACUGGUUGGGUGGGACCGGGAAUGAAGAAGAGGAUGAACUCUUGGUUUUCAAUGCACGGGCACUGCUUCCUUGUUUUUUAAUCAUAUAUAACCUUUGACUCAAGACUUUUGAUUCACUUUUGAUGUUGUGAUGGUCUUAAGUUUUUGGUUUGGGACUCUCUUUGUUUCUGUCAUUACUGUUGAUGUGUGUGUGUGUGUGUCUGCAUGUGUAUAAACAUUAUGUGUUCUUAAUUUCUCUUUUUUGUUUUCUUAA